GAAAGUCGAUUGUUUUGAUCACAUUUUUAUAAAACACAAGGAUAAAUCUAUUUCUUGGCAACCGUCUAGAUAAUUAAACGAACAGCUUUAGAGAAAAUGGGGGUCUUUCUCUGGUCAGAGUGGGUGACAAGAGCAGACCUCUUGUGUCAAGGACCGUUAUUUAUUUCAAGUUCAGGUUCAAUCCAUCACGAUGUUGCCACCCCGACCUGUCCCAGAGCUAACACCACAUCUUUAAACUUAUUACAGCGUCCCACCUUCCCUGUAUGAUGAUUGACGUUUCAUGAUCAGCGCGGCGAGGCGGGGUUACACCGUUUCCUUCUCCAAUCAUGUCUCGCGGGCGGGGUUUGGUCUCCAUACUCUCGCUAUGUGUCAGUUGCCAGUCCUGGGCUAAACAAAAGCGGCGGAUAGUACCAAGGCAAUCAAACCUGUGCAGAGGAUAUUCAAAAACCUGCUGCAGACGCGUAAGAGCCUUCGAAGGAAAAAGUCCACGUUUUCCACAAGCUUCAGCCAUCGUUGUUACUCGGGAUUAGCACUCAUAUUUAAAGUUGAACCUGAAUUUUUCUUUGCAGAGCAGGAGUGGCUAAAAGCAACAGCAGCAGUUCAGAUCAGAUUUCACUCAGACCAGCUGGGAGACAGCAAGACCAGGUUUUUUUGUUGCCUCUACUCCUUUCCCUCUCUGGUCCAAGGAGAGCACAGAGGGAGCGAGAGAGGGAGAGAGACGGACUGAGAUCCAAAGGAAUUUCUCGGGAUAUUCCUUUAGCCCGAGAGAGAAGCGUGGUUGUCAAGCGGGAGUGAGGCAAAGAAGAAGGCUGAGAUGGACGAACAACCGCGGUUGAUGCACUCUCACGGAGUGGGCAUGGCCGGACACCCCGGCCUUUCUCAGCAUAUGCAGGAUGGAACUGGAGGGACUGACGGAGACGGAAGAAAACAGGACAUUGGAGACAUUUUACAGCAAAUCAUGACCAUAACUGACCAAAGUCUGGACGAAGCGCAGGCCAGGAAACACGCACUGAAUUGCCAUAGAAUGAAGCCAGCUCUCUUCAACGUCUUAUGCGAAAUUAAAGAAAAAACAGUGCUGAGUAUCCGCGGUGCCCAGGAGGAGGAGCCUCCUGACGCCCAGCUGAUGCGGCUGGACAACAUGCUGCUGGCGGAGGGCGUGUCCGGGCCGGAGAAAGGGGGCGGGUCGGCGGCGGCGGCGGCGGCUGCGGCGGCCGCCGGGGGGGCCGGCUCCGACAACUCGGCCGAGCACUCGGACUACCGGGCCAAGCUGUCGCAGAUCCGGCAGAUCUACCACACCGAGCUGGAGAAGUACGAGCAGGCGUGCAACGAGUUCACGACCCACGUGAUGAACCUGCUACGCGAGCAGAGCCGCACGCGCCCCAUCUCGCCCAAGGAGAUCGAGCGCAUGGUGGGCAUCAUCCACCGCAAGUUCAGCUCCAUCCAGAUGCAGCUCAAGCAGAGCACCUGCGAGGCCGUCAUGAUCCUGCGCUCACGCUUCCUCGACGCCAGACGAAAAAGGCGGAACUUUAACAAGCAGGCGACGGAAAUCCUCAACGAGUACUUCUACUCGCACCUCAGCAACCCCUACCCCAGCGAGGAGGCCAAGGAGGAGCUGGCCAAAAAGUGCAGCAUCACGGUGUCACAGGUAUCAAACUGGUUUGGAAACAAAAGAAUCCGGUACAAGAAAAACAUUGGGAAGUUCCAAGAAGAAGCCAACAUGUAUGCCGCCAAAACAGCCGUCACCGCGGCCAACGUAUCCGCUCACGGCAGCCAAGCCAACUCCCCCUCGACCCCAAAUUCGGCAGGUUCUGCCGGCUCUUUUAACAUGUCAAAUUCUGGAGACUUGUUCAUGAGCGUGCAGUCACUCAAUGGGGACUCCUACCAAGGGGCCCAGGUGGGAGCCAACGUGCAGUCGCAGGUGGAUACCCUUCGCCAUGUUAUCAGUCAGACAGGCGGAUACAGUGACGGACUGGCAGCGAGCCAGAUGUACAGUCCGCAGGGCAUCAAUGCAAACGGUGGCUGGCAAGAUGCUACAACACCCUCAUCAGUGACUUCGCCCACAGAAGGACCGGGAAGCGUCCACUCCGAUACCUCCAACUGAUCCCUCUACCGUACAGCCUCCCCACCCCCCCGCACACCCCUCCCAACAAGAACCGCAAACACUCUGCCUUGCCAGUGACCCCCCCCCCCCCACCCCUACCCCCCACUCAGAGUGGAGGUAAACCCCCCCCCCCCCAGUAACAAAAUAGGAUUUCCCUUUCUUUCGGGAAUGCUGUAAAAACAAAACUGUACACACACACAUCUUGACAUUGCUUGUCCCUGGGUAUGAAAAAAUUAGGAAGAAACAAAACCGGUACUGUGGAACAUUUGCAAUACAGAUUUAGUGAGUUCACAGCAACAAACAUGUUUGUAAAGUUUUCAAAAAAUGUAUCUAGACGACCCAGUUCACCUGAGUAAUUAGCUCACACGUCAAAUGUCAAACGAAAUAAUGAAAGCAACAGGCAACACUUGCAUUUCAGUUUAAAUGCUUUCACACUACCUCUCUGCGAAAACAAAACAAAAACAAAAACAAAAAAAUUUUUUAAAAAGCAUUUUGUUCUCUGAAACUUUGUUACUACUUGGGAGUCGCGGUACCUGACCACUCUUGUCAUUCCAGAUGGUUAGAUUUUAAAGGACACUCUUCCGUCUCCAUCCGACGUUUAUCUUCGCCCGCGCACCUCUAUAGCUGCAGACGCCGUUUAUUUUUUCUGUCAGAGUAUUUACGUUGUCCCUUUCCCAGAGCUGAAAACAAAUAGCUUUUUUUUUUUUCAAAAAAAAAAAAAACAACAGGAAGAAAAGAAAGUCAAUUUGAUGUUUUCCCUAGAACAAACAGAGGGGAAAUUAUUGUCCAUUUUGCAUGGCUUACUGAUGCGACGGCGCGUCUCGAUAAACGCCGCGACUUUUUGGGGACGGGGCUGCAGAUCGUGAGAGGGCACCUAAUGAAGCCGCCAGGAGAACAGGUCCUGCGCGUCACCUCUCACCAGCGUAGUGUGUCUGCUGGGUGUGCCAUCCCAGCGUACUGAGUACUGUAGCGCAAGUAAACACCAUGCAUUAGCAGGGCUUUGAAAGUUUGUUCCGACAUUGCCGUCCGACACCCCCUUCCACCCCUCGUUUCACAAUUACUUUUUAAUUAUGGUUUACAUUUUCAUAUUUCUAUGAUGGAGUUGCAACAUAUGUAAGCUUCUAAAAACCUAACAAGAAAUUGUGCCAACGUAUGAAUGACGCACGGCGUUCCUUUUUCUGCUAAAGCAAUUGUCCGUCUAACAGGAAAAUUGCACUGUUAAAAUACCAUUAAUCUGUGUUUUAAAGUACAAGGCCUGGAGACGCAUAGCAGGAAGCAGGAACUGAUGAAAGUGGCUCUGUACUGUUGCUAAGACAGCCAUCUUUUUAUAUAAGGCAACAGAACAAAGAGAACAGGCAAGAAACACAUAAACAUUCAUACAGUAUCGUGCUGAAUUUUCUCUGCUCAGCUGAAUUUCUUAUGGACGACAUGCGCAGUCAAGUCCUGGUGUGUGACCAUAGGGCCUGGAUUCUCUCCAACUACAAUACGCCUUGUCCUCAAUGGCUGACUUCCCUGAAAAUCUAAGAUUUAACAUGUUGUUCUCUGUCUUAAAGUUUUCCAAAUAUGCUGAGGAAUAGCGCUAUGGUACUGUAAGGACAUGCUUUCAUAGUGCUUCCAUACGAAUGUCACGUUCUCGUGUCAGUAACAUAACGCCUGUUUGAUUAGGUUUUCUCCUAUUUCCCCCAAGCUGAAUUAAGUUAGUUCCUUAACAUGUGUUGCGAUUUCCGAGAAAUGGAAAAAUUCUUGUCCAAGUAAUGAAAGAACUAUGACUUGCUCUGCUUCAUUAUUGGAGUGUUAAAGUGAAGCACAUUGUGAUUGGAUUUAAUAUGGGCUUGCAGCUGAGUUGACUUUUUUAUUUUUUUAUUAUUCUUCUUUUUAGAAUAUCUCUUGCCCCCCCCCCCUCGGCCAUCUGGGUCUUUAUCCCUGAAUGGGGCUGUUGAGUGCCGGGUGCACACUGCCUCUUAAAAUCAGGGGUGGGGCCAUUUCUAUAACCCAUUCUAACAUAUCAGUACAAAAGUCCCUGUAAUUCCAGCCUUAUCAAAGUGACUCCUUCAAAAGUUGCGCUUUCCAGUGAAUACAUGAAAGGUCCACAUGAUCGGUGUGCCACAUACGAGUUUAAAUUUCCAGCAGUGAGAAUAUGGACUAUGAGAAUCAUCUGUUUCUGGAUUCUGACUGGUUCUGGAUUCGGUGCACACUCACAAUUAGUUUUGAAAUGCAAUAUCACAAGGGAAGCAUUAUAUAUACGAUUUAUCAUUUUAGCCAAAUGCUGCUGUUAACCAAAACACUUGUGUAAUAUGUGCAUAAGAAAAUGAUUUUUAAAUCAUAAGCUGACCUGUAAAAAGUUAUUGGUCUCGUUUCUAUGAAGUGCUACACAUAUGUGGACAUUGAAAUACACUGCUAGUGUACGUUUUGCAUCAUUGUUCAGUAUUAGCUCUGUACAGUACACCCUGUUUCUUUGCUGACCGUUUAAAACUGGUCCCACAAAGUUCCAACCUAAAAUCAGACUACUACUAGUUAAUUGAAAAUAAUGUUGUCGGAAAAUCCAAUACAGUUCUAAUUUCUGUUGAAAAUAUAUUUAUGUCUGUCGAGGGUCUUGGUAACUGAGUUUGUUUCUCAGCGCAUUAAAUCACAUCUUGCCAGAAUCUACUUAAAUGUGGAAGUCAUUAAGCUAAUAGGAUUUGGACAUUUCUACAGUCACUCUUGGCUCUGUCUAUUCAGGUAAUACCAGGGCACAACCAUCCAACACAAUGGCCCUGAGUUGACUUUCCUCUGAAAUGAGAAAAACAAUAAAAAAAAGGGUUUUUAUUUACCAAGAUUCAGUGGAAACAAGUUUCAAGAACCCUGAACAGUGCUCGUUAACAUAUUUUGCAAUAAACCAUCUUAUAUAUUGUUGAGCAGGCAAACAAAUCCAAAAUGUGAAAUCGUAAUGGCUGUGUUCCGUUUUGCUUCAUUUUGUCACUCUCAAAUUUAUGUUUAUGAAGUUUACUGAGUCCUCUACUGCUUGCCUUCCCUUACAUGGUUACACCUCUAACCAGACCAUUUCUUUGAUACCAAAAACUCCAAAAAUUUACAUUUGCCUACAUUAUCAGCUUUAUUAACAGUUCAUCAUAAGUAAAAGUUGUCUUCUGCCAUUAUCGCCAGUGCUAAUGUUUAUUGUGUGAAAGUUCUGGAAUUCACAGAACCUCAAAAGCAUUUAUAAUUAAAUCGUGUUUGUAGAACAACAGGAUUAAACCAUUGUGGAACAGAUACCGAUAUGGAUUUGAUAUAUAUUUUUUGUGCGUCCUUGCAUUGUGGUUGACAACACGUUUAUUUCCCCAUUCAUUUUGAAAAGUUUUGCAAAUUUGCCGUCUUACCGUGUGGGACUAACACCAUUAUUUUGUUAUUCUCAUAUGUGAAUUAGCUCAAGAAUGCUAUGUAUAUGUAUAUGUGCACCUUUGUUCUUGGUUUGCUUUGUUGAAAAGGGAUGGUGUCAAUUUUUUUCAAAUCAUUGCAGCUAAAUAUUUAAUGGAAGAUAGAGAGCGGAAGAGGGGGAGGAAAUUCUUGUGCAUUUUCCUAUAUAAUCCACUGGCUUUACUUUUUGUGUCCAGUGUGGUAAAAGUCACCCUAUCAUGUCGCUGAUGAAGGCUUGUCAGUGUUGUUUUUUCGACAACAUUAAGUAAGAAAAAAUAAUGGCAUCUCUAAAAACAUACUUAAAUGCAUCUAUUGUGAGUGGGAAUUGAAGCAAAACCAUUUGAACCGUCUGACAAUGUAUAUAUAUUUUUAUAUGUGAUAUAGAUUUGAACGCAUAUGUUCCAAAUCCUUCAUCAAGUCAUUAGAAUGCAGCUAUAUUAUUUACGUGCUCUAUAAGCAAUUGAAGUCCUUCGUAGAACUGCAGAAAGAUUACUCAUCAUUCAUUAAUUCACAGUUCACACUCAAAUCUUUUUAUCUCAAAGUAGCUGUACUUACACUUGAAGCUUUACUGUUAGUCAUACAGUAAAAUGGAAAACGUUUUGGGGUGUUUCUCCACGUGAAUGACCUUAUUUGCUGCAGAAAGUAUGCUUCAAUAUGAUUUUAUUGCUUGGAGUUGAAGUCCCAACCACCCUCCCCUCUGUUCUAUGAUGAAAUGCUGAAACUAUUUUGUUGACUGGGUCUGUGCAAGGACCAUUGAAGCAGAUCGCCCCUCUCCGAGUUAUUUUGUUUUAUUACAGUACUCUACACGUUGCCUGUCCAAUGCCACCAUAUUAUUAAAAGCUUCAUGUAAUGAUGCUUUCAGUUUUUGCAAAAAAUUAAAAAAAUAAAUAAAAAAACAAAAACAAAAAAAGCUGAGCAAUUUGUAAAACAUCAAAUGUUUUCUUUGUUGCAUGUCUUUUGUUCUUUAUUAAAAAAUGCAGUGUUUUGAAUGUUUCUUCUUUUUUUAUAAAGAUUUCAGAGUGUGAAAUCACUGAGCCUGACUUUGGCACAGUUUUAACUUUUAAGACCUCUGCAUAUGUAAAAAGGUAUACAAACUGAAACACAAAACUAGUGUCUUUUUGAUUCCAACUUAAAACUCUUGUGUUCUGUGGAGAAAAAAUAUCAAGGUGUAGGUUUUAUGGUCUCUUAAUUUGUACUGGUAAUGCAUACUACAAAUAAAUAGUUUCUUUUGUU